GGAAUGCAAUCUCACAUCAAUUGGACAUCAAUCCGGACCCGGACAAAUUCCGGUGACGUCGAGCGAAGAGUUUUUCCGAUCAGCGGCGUGUCUGGUGUAGCAAUCUCCGAUCUGGUGCGACUAAGUUUAGUUCCAACGACAGCAAGGUUCGGCGGCGACGUGUCUGGGCGGCGAACUCCGGUGACACUAAGAGAUUCUGAGUCGCAGCUGGCAAAUUGGCAUCUAAUUCUGGUCGUCGUUCUUUAAAACCUACACUUUUGCCUUUGGACGACCGCAUUGAUAAAAAAAAAGAAAAAAACCUUACCUUCUGAAAAACCUAGUUUUGAACCAAAAGAAACAACCACAACAAUGGACGCACUUCUUCAACCCCAUCGACCAAACCCUCAACCCAACCCCAAGCUAAUGAAAGACUUUGGUAGGCCCCAAGUAGGAGCUUCACCUUCUUGCAUAGUGCUUACUGAUGCAGCCAGGAACUAUGAGCUAAAGACGGUCCAUUACAACCAGCUGCCGUCUUUUCACGGUUCAGCAAACGAAGAUGCCCUUACCUUUAUCAGGGAUUUCUACGGGAUAGUCCAACACUUCCCGUUGAAUGACUUGACCGAGGAUGCACUAAGGAUGAGGUGUUUCCCAUACACCUUGAAAGAUGUAGCAAAAACAUGGUUCAUGACUCUCACACCUGGAUCCCUUCGGACAUGGCCGGAGGUGUAUAACAAGUUUAUUGGUAAGUUUUAUUCCCAUGCUAAAACUGCUGAAUUGAGAAGAAAAAUUGCGACCUUUUCGCAAGCUGAAGGCGAACCAUUCCAUGAGGCAUGGGAAAGGUUCAACAUGUUGCUCAUUCAAUGCCCCCACCAUGGCUACCCGUUGUAG